AUGGCGGCGGCGGCGGCGGCGGCGGCGGCGGCGGCGGGACCGGCGGCACCGCGCACCAAGACCAAAAAGAAGCAGAAGCGCUUCGUGCCGCAGCGGGUGAAGGUGCCGCGGGCGGCCGAUCCGCUGUUAGCCGUGCUGGCCUGGGGCGUCAACCACCAGAUCAACGAGCUGAGCCAGGUGCCCCCCCCCGUCAUGCUGCUGCCCGACGACUUCAAGGCCAGCUCCAAAAUCAAAGUGAACAACCACCUCUUCAACCGGAAUGGGGGUGAAGGGAGGGAUCUGGGAAUGAAUGGAGUGAGGGGGGUGGAGGGGUUGGAUGCUCCCCCCCCCAGAGAAGGGGAUGUGGGAUGGGGGUUUGGGGGUGGGGGGGGCUGCCUCACAUGUGUCCCCCCCAACCACCAGGGCAAGGAGCUGCCCACGCUGAAGGACGUGGACUUCCUGAAUAAGAGCGAGAAGGUUUAUGUGGGCGAGGAGGACAAGCGGGACUUCAUGGAGAAGCUCAAGAGGGACGUGGAGUUCUUGGUGCAGCUGAAGAUCAUGGAUUACAGCCUGCUGCUGGGCAUCCACGAGGCAGGACGGCCAGCGCCCGAGGAGGAGGAGGACGGGGAGGAAGAGGAGGGGGGCGGCGGGGGGGGUGGCGAUGACGGGGGGGGCACGGCUGGGUCCUAUGGCACUUCUCCAGAGGGCAUCGGGGCGUAUUUCAACUGCCAUCGCCCCCCCGGGCCCGGGGAAUUCGAUCCCACCAUCGACGUCUACGCCAUCCGCAGUGCUGAGGGUGAGGAGUGGGGGGGGGGGAGA